UAGUCUUUACCCCGUGUGAGGUAGGGAAGAUGAACGACGUCGUAAUAUACACUAUUUUAGCCCUUCUGGUAGCCGCCUUCCUCGGUUUCAUAUCAUAUUAUAAAAAAAAGGAUGGAAAAGCUCAAGAGAGAGUGCGAGCACCUCGUCCACGAGUGGGUGAAGAUGGUGCAGCGGGAGGAGUCCAUCCCCCAAACCGUGCAGCUGCCAACAGAAAUGCUCGCGCAAGGAUGAGAGCAGCUGCACAACGUCGUGAUGAUGAUUCUGAUGAAGAAGAUGAUGAUGUAGCAGUGGUUGGUGAUGACAUUGCACUUCCAGAUGGAAAACUUGGCAAGAAAAAGUUGGCAAAGCUUCAAGCUAAAGCAGACAAACGUGCUAUGAGGGAGGCAGACGAAAGAGAACGGGAGGAAAGAAAGGAGCGUGCGGUACAGGCAGCUGAAGACAGACGAAGAGAAGAGGAACGUGAGGCUGAAGAGGAAUCCAAGAGGGAAGAUGAAGAGCGCAAGGCGAGGGAGGAGAAAGAACGUCAGGAGCUGGAAGAGUACAUGAAGUUAAAGGCGCAGUUUGAGGUGCAGGAGGAGGGUUUUGAUGAAGCUGCAGAUGAAGACAAUGAGCAGAACCUUCUUAAUGAGUUUGUUGGUUACAUUAAGGGAGAAAAGGUUGUGGUGCUGGAAGAUUUGGCUGCAAAAUUUAAACUGAAGACUCAGGAUGUCAUUAACAGAGUGUCUGAAUUGCAAAAGGAAGGAACAUUGACAGGUGUGAUUGAUGAUCGAGGAAAAUUCAUAUACAUCAGCAAACAAGAGCUUGAGGGUAUUGCAAAGUUUAUUAAGCAACAUGGGCGUGUAUCCAUAGCUGAGCUGGCAGAGUCUUCCAACACAUUGAUAACUCUCACCCCAGAAACUUCGGGGGCAAGCUAGACUGCAGGUCUCCGAACUCACUUGCCUUGUUACUUACAAUAAAGAAGAUUAUUAUUUUUACACUCUUUCAAGCCCUUUACUGAGUGGUGAUUGCUGGAAUAAAAAGAACCUGAGUCUAUCCUUAUUUGUUUUUGGUUUGAACACUUCUUUAUAAUGCAAGGUUUCUAUAGGUAUGCAUAAAAUGUUUCUUGGAUCAUGAAAGAAGGAAAUGUGAAUUAAAAAUUGAGGAGUUCAUUGUCUUAAGAUGUUAAGAUAUAAAUGGUACCAUGAGGUAGCGAACUUCUGGGAUUAAACUUACAAAAUUUGUUUCUUAACUCAGCAGUCUUAUUUUAUGAUUUAAAGAGCCAUAUUCUGUUCACCUAUGAAGUUCAUACAGGAAAUGUUAAAUGCCACAACCUAUUGGAUGUUCAUAUUCACGGACGGGUUACUUCAUCUCAUGCAGUUGGAAUGAUUAGGGAAAGUUUUUUUUGUUUUUGUUUUUCAAUAAAUUUGCACUUUUGAUUUGUUGGAAAAACUAAAGGAGUAAAAUGUGAUAUACUGCUGGUUACUCUGUCUUGAAGAUUUGCAUACAUUUUGUUCUCUCCUAAGAAUUAAGAGGGUAUACAUGAAUUGAUUUUCAGUGCAUUAAAUUUAUGUUGUGCAACUGGUGUACAGUAUUAUAAAAAGUGAAUAACUAUUAUAACCCAUCAGAUGUGGUUACCAUAUACUACUGCACUACUUAAAUCAAUUCUGUCUGCCCAUUACUUUAUAAUUUGAUUUGUGUUGCUUAAGGUUGAUUAGAUUGGUGAAAUAAUGUACUGUACUGUGUUGUACUGUACUGUAGUAAUUUAGUUAUGGUGAAACUAAAAGGGAACUUCAGUUAUAUCUUCCUUAUGCUCGGAAAGAAAAUAACAUUACUGAAUGGGAAUGAAUUUUAAGCUUAAGAAAAGAAACAUAUUUAAUUUGGCAUGUUACUUUUGCCAUUCUGCCUAGCUUAAACAAUUUUAUCUUUUGUGUUUAGCUCCAGUAUGACACUCUAAUUUUAUCUUCCACCCUCCCAUACUCUUUAUCAUCAAAUGUACUACACAUUUUAUCGACAAAUUGCUCAGAAAAUACCGAUGUGGAUAUCAUGCACUCGCAUAUAUUCCAGCCAUUCAUAAUACAGGGGUACCAUUAAUCACAUGUUACUAUCAAAACCUCUUUUAUAUCAUUCAGCUGUCUUAACACACAUGCAGUGGACAGCAAAUAUUUAUCAUAUAUUUUUUUGCCUAAAGUUCCUAAUGAAUGAUCUGUGAGGUCUACCACUGCUAAAUGUCCCCAAGUAAGGUCCAUCAUUGUCUGUUUGUUUAUUGGCAUUUGGCAGAACACAGUAUCCUUGUGGACAGUGUUUAAUAACUGAAUCACUGAUUUCUUAGUGGUUUCUGUAUCAUUCAAACAGUCAACAUGGUUCAUAUGUCUCUAGUACCACAAACAUAAAAAUGUUUCACACUCCAGCUCACAAGUUCUUUCAUAAAGCUUUACUAGGGUGAUGGAUGAACACAGAGAAGAUCAGUGUGCAGUUACAUAUAUUAGUUGGUCUUGACUUGUGCCACACAGUUUAUUCAUGAGUGUUAGUUGUAGUUACCAAUGUUUGAGCAAAUGCAAACGAAUGUGUCUGUAUGGAACCCAAAUGUUUCUCUGAUGACAGUAAGUAAGUGGGACUGUCUUUCACCCCAAGCAAUAUAGAGUUUAAUAAUAACCAUGCACACCAGUAGUUCAGCUCUUUAGUAUUGAAAAUUGAAGGAUUUAAUAGAUAUAUAAACUUUGUUAUCCUCCUGAGUGAUGCCAGGAUAAUGUGUAAAUUCGGACUAAUGGAAUUCAAAAGUUUUGUAAAUAAAUUUACAGGUUA